CGCGAGUGAAACCCGAACGAUAACACGAGCAUUAACCAUGGUAUACGAGAGUGACUUCUACACGACGCGUCGGCCCUACAGGUCCACCUACAGCGUGACGACGCCGCGGCACUACGUGGUGGUGGACCGCGACCCGAUCGCGCCACGUCGUGCCGAGGAGCAGUACUCGUACUCGUACUCGAGCACAAGCCAGCGCUCGGCGGGCAGCGGCCUGCCUCAGCGCAGCUCGUACAGCAACACGGUGGAGCGCCGCACCGGCAGCGGCCCCGGGGGCUACUCCUACACCAGCGAACGCUCCAGCAACCUCGGCGGUCCCGGAGGCUACUCCUACUCGUCCACCAGCAGCGGCCGCCUGCCCUACGGCACCACUUACCGUCACUACUCUUAUCGCGUUUAGCGUCCCGGCUCCCGACCAGCCCCUAGCCUGUCCUAACUCCUAACCCCGUUCCGGCACCCUCUCUUGUAACCACAUAAUCAGUAUUCGCUGUAACGCAAUGUGAUCGCUCUACUUUAAUACGACAAGUGGACGUGGAUCUAGCUUUCUAUGUAAUUUAUUAUAGUUAAAAUUAUUAUUUAUGUGAUUUAGACUGAAAUUUAAUAAAGCUUGCGACUUUCUAA